GGUGCGCUGUGUCCCUCGGACACAGCGGAUCACUGAUCAACAGAAAGAGCCGAAGAUGUCGGCUCGGUCAUGUGAUCAGCUGUGUCCAAUCACAGCUGAUCACAUAGGGGACAUCUACACUGAUCAUCAGGGCACUGAUAAUCAGUGUGCCCUGAUGAUUUGUGUAGCCCCAGCAGUGCCACCUGUCAGUGUCCAUCAGUGCCAGCUGUCAGUGCUCAUCCAUGCUACCUGCCAGUGCCCAUCAGUGCACAUCAAUGCCACAUAUCAGUGCCCAUCUGAGCUGCCUUUCAGUGUCACCCAUCAGUGCCAGUCAGUGCCACCUAUCAAUGCCAGUCAGUGUCGCCUAUCAGUGCCACCUUUCAGUGCCAUAUAUGAGUGCUGCCUUUCAGUGCCCAUCAGUGAUGCCUGUCAAUGCCCAUGAGUGCCACCUACCAGUACCUCCUCAUCAGUG